CUUGAGAGCGUUUCCCACUGGUUUUCUCACCAUUGUUUGCUGCAGCUAAAGAACUCAAGACGUAAGUGAGUACUUUUUUCAAGAGUGUCUAACUUCAGCUGGGUUUGAACAUUUUGGAAUGCCCUUAAGGAGUUCAUACCCACCCAGGUACAACAUUGAAGACAUUUUGCAAACUAGAUAUGGCGUCUUCCAUGAAAACCCUGUUGCAUGAUGAAAGCCGGUAUUUCAAAUCAUUCAACAUGUUCCUGGAUCGCUCAAAUGAACACGAGUGUAUACAAGUAUUUAUUGAUGAGAUACUCCCAGGCGAACUAGCAAGCAUUGGAGAUGGAAAAUGCAGCUUUAAUAUUCUGGGUGUCGGAAGUGGAGCAGGUGCAGUUGAUCUCCAAAUGCUGUCUAAACUGCAGUUAAAAUACCCAGGAGCUUCUAUUAAUAAUGAAAUAGUGGAGCCCAGCAGUGACCAGAUCCACAACUACAAAGUAUUAGUUGCCAAGACCCCAAACCUUGAAAAUGUCUCCUUCAACUGGAAUAAGAUGACAUCAUCUGAGUAUGAGAACCAUGUGAACGAGAACAAAGAAAACAAAACAUUUGACUUCAUUCAUAUGAUUCAGAUGCUUUACUAUGUGUCAGAUCCUGCUGCUACUAUCAAGUUCUUUCAUAGCCUGCUAGGACCUAAGGGAAAGCUCCUUAUCAUCCUUGUAUCAGGUACAGGUGGAUGGUCCCAUCUCUGGAAAACAUUUAAACACCAGCUGUGUUUGAGUGAAUUCAGCCAGGAUAUAACUAUUCAAGACAUUAAAGAAUACCUUGACAGCACAGGGCUAAAAUACCAGCACUAUGAUCUCCCAUCCUACGUGGACAUAACAGAGUGUUUUACGGAGGGGGACAAAAAUGGGGAGCUUUUGAUGGAUUUACUCACAGAAACGUGCGAGUUCAGUAAAACAGCACCACCCGAUCUGAAAGCUGAAAUAAUGUCCUUUCUGCGCCAACCCGAGUGCACUACAGAGAAAGAUGGAAAGAUUAUUUUCAACAGCACUAUGGGUGCAAUAGUGGUGGAACCAUAAAGUUAUCAUGGUAGUCUUUCAAAAGGUUAUUAAUUAAAGGGCAUACAGAUAAUUCAAUCCCAGUGUAUUGUUGUUUAAUGUGGUAUGAGGGAUCAAAAAAAUUCUGUUUUGUAGCAACUCAACUUUUUACAAUAUAUUCGUCACAAUAUGGGUUAUGUAAACAUGUUAUGUACAUUCUCUAUAAUGAUUGUGCAUCUGUCAACUGCAAUCUGUAGUACUGACACAGUACAAGCCAUAGCCUAGUGAACACAAUAACGCAAUAAGGAAUGACCUGUAGGGGUACUGGUAAGUUGAGUAUUUUGAGUGGUUCAGUGCUAAAUAAGUGUUACAACAACACACUUUUGGACAUUGUUGUAUUGCGUUAUUCUGUUCCCUGUGGCUUGUUCUGUAGUUUAUGUAUGAUUAAAAAUAAAGACAAAAUAAAUUGAUUGUUAUUACAUAUGAAUUAAUGUUAUAUGUAUUCAUAUUUCUCAUAUACCUAUGAUGCUGUAAUGUAUGUAUUUUACAGAAAAAUAAAACAAUGUAGUAGUAUUGAAAGUGCACAAUCCUGAAGAUAACUAACUUUUUUCGAAAGUUCACAGUCGACUAUUUACAGUAAAGGUUGCACAAAUGUGUAAAUACUGUAAACCACCCUCAGAAUGAAUCCCAGAUAAUGUGAGGAAAUGUCUAGAACUUUCUUAACAGUAGCAGCACAAAUAUGUGUACAUGUAUUUCAUUGUAACAGCUGAAAAAAAAAAAAAAUAAUAAUAAUAAUAAUAAUAAUAAUAAUAAUAAUAAAAUGCUGAGCUUGACCAUAUGCUAUAUGUGCGUAUAAAAUUGAAAACUUGCAUUCUUAUUUUUAAAUACAGUAUAACCCUUACUUCGAGUCGUGGGUAAUAUUGGGCUAAAGUUUCUCUACCCCUUAUUAAGCUGUGUUUAAAAUGCCCUUUUUAAAUUUAAAUGAAUUAAGAAGCCCUGUUUUGUAAUAUGAAAAUGGAAAAUAUAAAAUUGUUUACAUUUUGAAAA